UGAAAUUUCUCCUACAAAGUUCCCAUUCCUCUUACCUGUCACAACAUCACCAAUUUCUAUCAUUCUGCAUCCAUCAAUCAAAGAAAGAUCAAGAAACCUUUUCCUUUUGUUUUGUUUCUGUGAUUGUUUUUGGAUCUUUGCAAAAAAAAAAAAAAAGGGAUAAAAGAUGCUAGCAGUUUUUGACAAAUCGGUUGCCAAGGGCCCAGAUGCUCUUAAUUCUCCUGAUCCCUCUGAGAGAGUUGCUGCUCUCAAAAAUGGCUUCUUGGCUAACCACUUUGCCUCUGUUCAUCCUGGUUCUGUCACCGUCAGUCUCGGCUCUUCUGGUGUCAUGGCUUACUCUCUUGAAAAACAGAACCCACUUCUUCCCAGACUCUUUGCAGUUGUGGAUGACAUUUUCUGUAUGUUUCGAGGCCACAUUGAGAAUGUUGCUAUUCUUAAGCAACAAUAUGGCUUGAACAAAGCAGCAAAUGAGGGGAUCAUUGUUAUUGAAGCUUACAGAACCCUUAGAGACAGAGGUCCUUACCCUCCUGACCAGGUUGUAAGAGAUAUUCAGGGGAAGUUUGCUUUCAUUCUCUAUGAUGGCUCUUCAAAAGCCACAUUUAUAGCUUCUGAUGCUGAAGGAAAUGUACCUUUCUUCUGGGGAACUGACGCCGAAGGCCAUCUUGUUCUUGCAGAUGAUGAGGAGACUGUCAAGAAGGGCUGUGGGAAGUCUUUUGCUCCAUUCCCAAAAGGUUGCUUCUUCACAUCCUCUGGAGGGUUGAGGAGCUUUGAGCACCCCCUUAAUGAGUUGAAGCCAGUGCCAAGGGUUGACAGUUCAGGUCAUGUUUGUGGUGCAAAUUUUAGUGUGGAUGUAGACGCAAAGAAGGAAUCAGCUGGAAUGAAAAAAGUUGGAAGUGCUGCAAACUGGUCCUCCCAGUACUGAGCUUAGAAUGUCUCCCGGUUUUAUCCAUCCUACUUAGUCUUAAAAGUCCUAAUUUUCUAUCUCAAUGACUUGGCUAUUCAAAUUCUAGAAUUGUUGUGGUAUUUUUCAAACUAAGACAGCAUUUUAUGCAGCUGUACAUGUUCGCUUACCAUCAAAACUGAGCUUGACAUAGUACAUAACAUGGAAUAAUAUUUCUGUCUAAACAGGUUUUCCUC